UUCUCCGCGCUCCCACAUUCAGUUGAAGUGAAGGGGAGCCCGGAGACAGACAGAGAGAGGCAGGCAGACAGACAGACAGACAGACAGAUAGACAGACAGGCUGACAGACAGGCUGUCAGUGCGUCCUGUCUCGCGCGCACAUCAUUAUCACCCACUUCCCUCGCUCGUGCUCAGAGAUCGACUGAUGCCUCAAUGAACGCGCGGUUGAAUCACCUUCCUCUGGACGAAGUUGGAGUUCUCUUCUCGCCAAACAAACACAAUGUGACCAUGUCGAGCCAGUGACUGUGUUAUCCUUGUCCGAUUUCGGAGUACCUUUUUUAUUGAUCCGGGGAAGAAGGGACUUAACAAUGGGGAAACUUCAGUCAAAACAUGCGUGUAAGCGCAGAGAAAACCCUGAAGGAGACAGUUUUGUCGUGAACGCCUUCCUCCGGAGAGGGAUGGAGGAAUGCGAGAGGUACAGCGCGACGGAUCACAAGCUGAAGAACAUGCAGGAGUUUCCAAACAGCGAGCUGAAGGAAGGACAAUUCACAGAUCAACACUGUCCCCUAGAGGUGGUUCUUCCUCCGGAGAAGGCCGAGGGCUGUGAGAGCUACCUGCAGUACCUGCACUCAGAAGAAGGAGAGCGGGAGAUACUCAGAGACACGACCAAAGCUACCGGGAAGAAACGCAUCAGUCUGGAUGACUUGGAGUGUGACGUUUCUGUGGAAGAUGACAAUCGCCAGGAGUGGAUCUUCACUCUUUACGACUUUGACAACAGUGGGAAAGUUACAAAAGAGGACAUGUCCAGUCUGAUGCACACCAUCUAUGAUGUGGUGGACGCCUCUGUGAAUCACUCCUGCCAUAACAAGAGCAAGACGCUGCGUGUCAAGCUGACCGUCACUCCAGAGCCCCGGUGCCACCGGCGAGAAACAGGGACAGAUCGCUGUCAUCAGGAAGAGGGGCGUUCAGCUGACAAGCGGCUCUCCUCCUACAUCAGCAGCAGAGGGCAGAACAAUGAGGCGCCAGCAGCUGAAGGGCAGCAUUACUGUGUGGAUGAGAACACAGAGAGGAGGAAUCACUACCUGGACUUGGCUGGUAUAGAGAACUACACCUCCAGAUUUGAUGGAACCAACCCUUCCAACCCACCUCAGGAGGCUCAUGGUCGGAGCUCACAGAGCCAGAGCCGCUCACGCUCCCAAGAACCAGAAACCCAAGUUGUUCACCAGCGCCGCUCACAAGUCAUCAGCGAUAGCUACAACCCCACAGAGUCUCGAAGCAAGGGCACGCAGUUCCUCAAGUCCCCCAAAGGAACCUACAAGGGAAGUGGAGGAAAUAACGGAGGCAGCGGAGGCGGCAAAUCCACUAAAUGCCAUGGCCACCACCCGCCUCUGCAGACCAUGCUGCACAGUGGCAGCGCAGCGGGACAUGGGGGUCAGGAUGUGUACCACUUGCCACACCAGACCCAGUCUUCUGGCCACCACCAGCACCCGCUGCAAUACAGCCACAGCAAACGCCUGAGGGCAAAAGCCCGAGAGGCCAUGUCCCCAUCCAAAACCCCGCUGUCCCCUCAGUCCCACCCCCAGCAGCCCUCUGUACUGCCGAGCCUGGAGAGAGAGCAGGCGUCUGGUCCACCCGGGAGCCCAGGGUUUGUGGUUCCUGUGGUCCAGCGUCACGAGCACCACCAUCACCACGAACACCACCACCACCACCACUACCAUCAUUACCAUCAGACAUGACCGCUUUUAGCGUGUGCAGUGACUGAAACUGUACAGGACCAACCACAACCAACCACACCAGUCUGAAGGACUCAACAUCAUCCCACAGGAGUUUCUCACACUCUGUCCAGGAUUUUUUUUAUUCUCCUCCUGCAAGCUAUACAGAUAUAUCCUGAGAUUAGACGCAUUGAGGAAGUCAUGUAGUGUGACUGCAGAUGACAUUGGACCGGAAGGAUGUUUUUUCUGAAGUUAUUGUGUAAUAACGAAAUGACGCGUGGCACAGUUUUGAAGUUUUUGUAGAUUUUUUUUCUGCUGGGACUGCUGCGAUCGCUACCCAUGUUCAGUUUAGGGCACUGACGCCAGAGAGGAAUAGGAUCAGAGGAUUUCUUUUUGACGCGACAUCAUUUCCCUCCUGAUGACGUUGGCUCAAGUCCCUGGAAGCUAUUGGUCAGAGUAGGUGUGUUGUUCUGUGUGAGACCUUUUCCAAAACAUGGAUCUCAGGUGUAAAGGUGCUGCUGCUCUCAAGCUUUUCACAGAGGCUUCUUCCUCUGGGAGGCCUGAUGUGGACUGAGGGUUUAUCCUGCC